UUUCGUCUGGUCACCAUGCAUGCCUUUCUGUCUACAUCACUUUAUAGAGAGAUCGCAGAAACAGUUUUUCUUUCACGGGGCCGUUGCUGUGCAAUAUUGACUUAAACUUUUCGAUUCCAUGUGGCCUGAGAUUAAAACAAUAUAUCUAUUUUCUAGAACGUGUUUUUUAAAUUUAUUAUUUUUUUUUUUUUUUAUUAUUCAGUGAAUUCUUCUGUAGUUUGAGGGUACAGCUUGCAGUUCCUUGUAAAUGCUGGACUAGAUUAUGAGCUCAAGUAAGAUCCCUCGCUACAACAGGUACUCUGGAGGAGCAACAGCAGGGGUCAGUGUCCCUGCCACAGAAAACACCAACGGGCAGACUAGAAUGGAGACUACUUUUGGACCUGCAUUUUCAACAGUUACCACUGUUACAAAAGCUGAAGGAACAAACACUUUCAAACAGCAUCGCAGAACCCCUUCUUCCUCAAGCACCAUGACCUACUCUCCCAGGGACGAGGAUGAUGUCAUGCCUCCCAUCGGCACACCCCGCAGAUCUGACUCUGCAGUUUCAGUCCGUUCCCUGCACUCUGAGUCCAACAUGUCUCUGCGCUCCACUUUUUCUUUGCAUGAAGAGGAGGAGGAGGCGGAGCCUGUAGUUUUUGCUGAACAGCCCUCGGUGAAACUCUGCUGUCAGCUCUGCUGUGUUGUUUUCAAGGAUCCUGUUAUAACAACCUGUGGGCACACCUUCUGUAGAAGAUGUGCCUUAACUUCUGAGAAGUGCCCUGUGGACAAUGCAAAGCUCACUGUUGUUGUGAAUAACAUUGCUGUGGCUGAGCAGAUUGGGGAGCUCUUUAUUCACUGUAAAUGUGGCUGCCGACCCGCGUCCAAUGGCAAGCCGGGGGCCUAUGAGGUGGACCCACGUGGCUGCCCCUUCACCAUCAAACUCAGUGCCAGAAAAGACCACGAAGCAAGCUGUGACUACAGGCCAGUUCGCUGCCCCAACAACCCCAACUGCCCCCCCCUCCUGAAGAUGAACCUGGAGGCCCACCUCAAAGAGUGUGAACACAUCAAGUGUCCCCACUCCAAAUAUGGGUGUACAUUUAUAGGUAACCAGGACACUUACGAGACGCACCUGGAGGUGUGCAAGUUUGAGGGGCUGAAGGAGUUCCUCCAGCAGACAGACGAUCGUUUCCACGAGAUGCAGUUGGCACUGGCACAGAAGGACCAGGAUAUCGCUUUCCUGCGCUCCAUGCUGGGCAAGCUGUCCGAGAAACUGGACCAGCUGGAGAAGAACCUGGAGCUCAAGUUCGAUGUGUUGGACGAGAACCAAAGCAAACUGAGUGAGGACCUCAUGGAGUUCAGGAGGGAUGCAUCAAUGCUCAAUGAUGAGCUUUCCCACAUCAAUGCCAGGUUGAAUAUGGGAAUCCUUGGAUCCUAUGAUCCUCAGCAGAUCUUCAAGUGUAAGGGUACCUUUGUAGGCCACCAGGGUCCUGUUUGGUGCCUUUGUGUUUACUCAACCGGGGACCUGUUAUUCAGCGGCUCCUCAGAUAAAACGAUUAAGGUGUGGGACACCUGCACUACAUACAAGUGCCAGAAGACCCUGGAGGGACAUGAUGGGAUUGUGCUGGCUCUCUGUAUUCAAGGGAACAAGUUGUAUAGUGGAUCUGCAGACUGUACUAUAAUUGUUUGGGAUAUACAGACUCUGCAGAAAGUAAACACUAUUCGAGCACAUGACAAUCCUGUGUGCACGCUGGUUUCAUCAAACAGCAUGCUCUUCAGUGGAUCUCUCAAAGCGAUCAAGGUGUGGGAUAUCCUGGGCACUGAUCUGAAAUUGAAGAAGGAAUUGACCGGUCUCAACCACUGGGUCCGAGCACUGGUCGCCUCUCAAAACUACCUGUACAGUGGAUCAUAUCAGACAAUCAAGAUCUGGGAUAUCCGCACUCUGGAGUGUGUCCAUGUGCUGCAGACCUCGGGUGGGAGUGUCUACUCCAUUGCAGUAACCAAUCACCACAUCGUCUGUGGCACCUAUGAAAAUCUCAUCCACGUGUGGGAUAUUGAAUCGAAGGAGCAGGUACGGACUCUGACUGGCCACGUGGGCACGGUGUAUGCACUGGCCGUGAUUUCGACACCAGAUCAAACCAAAGUGUUCAGUGCGUCCUACGACAGAUCUCUCAGGGUGUGGAGUAUGGACAAUAUGAUCUGCACCCAGACUCUGCUGAGGCACCAGGGCAGUGUGACUGCUCUCGCCGUGUCUAGAGGACGCCUGUUCUCGGGGGCUGUCGACAGCACCGUCAAGGUGUGGACCUGUUAAUUCUAAUGGCUGGAAUUUGUUCUUUAUGAAAAACCGGGGGGAGCCUUCAACUACCAGAUUACCGGAUGGCUUUUAAUUGGAUUUAUCUUGCCGGGCUGUGCCGAUGACAAUGCCACUAUCAUAUGGUUGCCACUGUUUUUAAUACUGUUUAUUUGAUCAGUUGAUUUUGAGUUAGUGCCACAACAAAAGGGAAUCGAGAAGGAACGUCUUCAGAUCAAAUCAUAUACAAAGUGUAGCUACACAUUGAUUGAUCAGAACUCGCCAGGCAUCACCUAAAUUGAACAUAUAUGUACUACAUAUGCACUGUGUGUCAAAGCAGGUACUUUUCUUAUUGAAACACAGUCAUCUUCUGCUCACCCGUCUGUUUUCCAACCAGUGAGAGUUUUUUUUUUUUUUUUUCAUGGCCUUCAUACAUUCUGCAGAUACACUAGGGAAAUGUGGCAUUGGAUUCUAAAACAUCUGCCUUAUGUACCCAGUAUGGAUCUGUUCACAGGAUUCCCAAAGCACCAUGCUUGUCCUGAUGCUUCAGUGUUUGUGCCAAGGACAUGACAUCACUUGAGUCUGCAUCUGGCAUCACGUUUAUUUUUUUCCUUGCCAAAACUUAUUGGAAAGAAUAUUAUGGAAGGAGUGGAAGGUACAUCAGGAUUUUUGUUUAAAAAACAAUCUCCUGUAUCUCUUGAAAAGGACAUGUUUUUAUGACUGCUAAUCAUAUUUGAACAAUUAGAAAAAAAACGAGUUUCUUCCUUUUGAAACUAGCAGCACCCAUUUAGGAAUAUGUCAUGCUAAUUCUUUAGAUGGCUUCUGUAUGAAUUGAAUUGUAUUGUCCUAAUCAAGCUGUAUUUGCAAGUAUUAAUCACUAUGUGGAUUGGUUACCUGGCAUGACAUUUUUGCAUAAUCUUAACUUGUAUUUUCAUGUGUAAAACUGGUUGAAUCCCAGUACAGUAACAUUAUUUGAUUAAAGCAAAGUGCACAAAUUUUAUAUGCCAUAUUGUCAAAGCAACCGUAUCACCCUUUCACAGCCAUUUUAGACCUUAAUAUUCAAAUUCAAUUAAGAAUAGACAUAAUAUUACAAUCAUGUAGAAGUAAGAUUAGUGCAAUACUCAAAUUGGACCUCAAUGUAAAAGUGUCCAGUGUCCAUAAGAUAUCUAAAUAUGUAGUCAGUUGGGAUGAAGUUGCUUUAACAAAAUAAACAAAACAACAAGUGAAACAGUUCUAAACUAGUGCUUCUGUCUAUUUUUGUAAGUAGGAUGUUUUUGUUUUUUUUAAAUGCAGUAAAAGGAUAAACUAGGCUACGUGUUUUUAACUUCAGUGUACCUUCUAAGGUAAAAAAGAAAUCGGCUUUUAAAAGGUUCUGGUUAGUUUCACAAUACAUACUGCUUAAAAGUGAACCAUGGUUAAUACUUGCAUUGGGAUCAAUCCAGUGCUUUUUUGUUUUAUUUUAAUUCAUAUACUGGUUUUCAGUAGAUUUAUGUACUACACCCGAAAUGUGAGUUGCCUGCUCUAUGCAUGAUAUACCUCUUCAUUAGAAGUGUUACGGCACAUUUGAUCAUGUUUUCUGAUGUAGGCGUGCAGAAGUACAAAGAAAAGAUCGGCUGGCAUCCAUUGAAACAAUGGAAAUAUUUUGGUGUGAAGAACAGGCUUGUAAAAGUAUUUUAAGAACAAUUAGGCCUUAUACAUAAAGCUUUAACAUGUGAGUAUUUUUAAUUAAAGUCCUUUUAUGAAAGAGAUACCACAUUGUUAAACUCCAGAACAAAAGUAAUUGAGUCAUAAGAGUUUCAGUUUGAAAUUGCCAAAGCCGGCGGACUAGAAAUCAGAGUUCAUCAUAACAAAACUGUAUCUAUAGUACUUGCAUUAAUGGAGCUUAUUCAGAAAAAUGUAAAGACUGUUUUUAAGAAAUGCUUUAUUUGAGGAAAGUGUUUAUUAACAUUGUCUUAGACCUAUGUAUAGGUUUUGUUAAACUGCAUUUAAAUUACCUUAUUUUAAAGUCACAUUUAAUUCACUGAGUGGAAUGGACUAAAACUUUUUAAAAGGGGACUCUGCAGACUGCAGUGUGUUUUAUUUGCAGUGCCAAUAUGUAACAGGUAAAAAAAAAAAAAAAAAAAUUACCUACUUUGUAAAGCUUUCAACUAGUUCCAUUUAGAAAGUAACAAGGUACGAUUUUUUUUUUCAGAAUUGUAUUUUCCACAAUGAAUCAUGUAAAUGUUCAUAUAUUUACAUCAUGUUAAAUUGAUUUGACCAUUAAAACCAUAUCACAUUUGUUAGCGAUGUGUACUUUCUUAUUUGGUAAAACAUGGAUUUUGGGGAACCAAUAUUAUAAGAACAUAACUUUGAGAAUGAGAAAAAGCCAUUUGGCCCAUCAAGGCUUGUCCCUUGUUAGCACACCAUUUCACCUACUGGCGGGGAACUAAUUUUAAAGAACAGAAUCUAGUCUUUUUGAAUAUGUUCCCAGUGUUUUAGAUGCUACUACAUCAAGACUAUUCCAUGCAUUUAAAACUGUAAAAAAGUGCCUCCUACCUCCUGUUCUAAACUUACUUUUACUCUGCUUCCACUUAUGCCCCCUUGUUCUUCUCUGCUAAAUUUAAAGUAGUGUCUUGGGUUAACAUAGUUUAAACACUGCUUUUCCUCCAGUAUGUUUUAAAGCCUAAAACCAUAAACCCUAUCUAUAAUAAUAUUCAACCCAGCACAUGAAAAGCAGGUCAAAGUAAUUUAAACCCACUCCUGUAGUCAUUACCACGUUUUCUAUUAAUGCAAACACAAUCCUUGCUAAUCAUUCUGUAGGAAAAGCCUUCUGGAAAGAACGCCUUUCCAUUCUCAAAUCCAAUCACAAGUGCAACCAGUAAACAAACAAAACAACCUGUUAUUUUUCUAUAACAUUUAUUUAGAGCAGAUGGCUGUUGAUGCAGUCCCUGUAAGCACAGUACUGCCACAUGCCUGUCACAGCAGGCGUGAUACAAGUCAAUGGCAUUAAUAACACAAUAUACAGCCUGGCGUAAAUGGAAUUCUCUGAAAAUGUCUUCAGUUUUUUCUGUUGCUUUUUUUUUGUACACAAUAAAAAUAAAACAUUUUCUUUACAAUAAAUAAAUCUUGCUUAAUAAGAUCUGUGUUUUUUUUUAAUUUGCAAGAUUACUUUUCGAAAAGAAGAAAGAAAAAUGGGACAACACUCUUUAAGUCACCACGAAACAUCCAGUUAGUAUACAUAGAAACUAUAGAACACAGUUCAGCAAGUGAAGGAAACCAGGAUGCAUAGCUUGCACAAGCUGGAAAUGUAUUUAACACAAUUCCGGUAACUUUAAACCUUCAUGGUAUAGUUUUGUUUGGGGUGUGUGUGUGAUAUUUUUGAAUUGUGAAGUAAUAUCCUCCACCUCUUACAUUUCCAUCACUGUAUACAAUAUAAGUAGACCAUACUGUUGUAAUUGAAAUGUCAAUAGAAUUACAGGAGACGCUUCGUUUUGCAACCACAAGCACAGGCAUUCAUCAUUAAUCAGGCAGCAGUAGACCAGACUUUUAUACACAUUUUAUACAGUAUUAUUACAUGAGUACAUUCUGUAGAAUGCACAUGCACGAAAAAAAAAAAAAUACAAAAAACAUUUUGUUUCACAAUUAAAGAAAACAUCCACAAACUUAAAGCAAGGCACAUAUACAAAUGUAUGACAUUGCAUAAAACCAAUUAAUAUAAAACAAAAGUCUACAUAUGUACUAAUAGAGUGACCAUGUAAUAGUUAAAGUUACAUCUGCAAAAAGCUUCCACAAAGAAAAAUGAUAAUAAAAAACUUUACAUUUGUGCUGUAUUUUCUUUUUGCGCACGUAGUCUUUUUCUCCCUACCUUCACUUUUUCAUAUACAUACAUACUGUUAAAUAGUUUUUAUAUAAUAAAUGAUUAUUUUUUAAAUACAUGCAUUCUCAGCACUCACUUUUAAAAGACAUUUCAGAUUCGGGGAGCUUAUUUUUAUAAAUGUUAUGUUGUACGUUUCAAACAUUAGCAUUCGGGCACAACUGUUGAGAACAUGUAUACAGGGAUCCAAUGAUAUGUCCUGUAAAUCAAAAAAUAAUCAAUGAAAAAAGGAAAACGUUUCUAUAAUCUAGCAGAAUGUUGGUCUUAAGGUACCUUGUACUAUGGCCCUAACUCACUCUCUCUCUCUCUCUCUCUCUCUCUCUCUCUCUCUCUCUCUCUCUCUCUCUCUCUCUCUCUCUCUCUCUCUCUCUC